AUGUCGCAUUACUGGCGGACUAAUAACUUAACAAUACACAAAGAAGCUGCGUGUGACAUUCAUAACACUAAUGACUCUUGCAGCGACGCGUCUCGUUGCGUCACUGCACUGGACCGCCAGGGCAUUGCACCUUACAUCGCUCUCGGUUGUCGAGCGACACAUGCCGUCUCGCUUCCACCUCCGCUCGUUCUAUCCUCGCGUGUGAUCGAUUACAAUGGCGUGGUCGUGCUAAGUCCGACGGAAAGCAGUGGCUGCAGCGGUAGCGACAUCACUGAGCCACGCUCGCCACGAAGCCCCGAGUCGGCCUGCAGCACGAGCGAAGAGGGCGCUGGCGCGCGCAUGCCACCUUGGGCGAGCGAUCCGGCGCCGCCGGGACCGCGACGCCUCGCGGCUCAGCCCGCGCCCCUCCGACGGCCCAAUCCACCCAUUCAUCGCCGCAUAACAGAGUACUUCAACCAUAAAAUGAAGCCACAGAACGGCGUCAAGCGUGAUAGUAAUUCAAUUAACAAUGAUGACAUCAAGAAAAAGUGCCUAGCUAAAAAUGGUGUCACGCAUGAUCUCGAAAAAUAUAUUACGUAUUUAUCCAAAACGCUAAGUCCAAAAGUUCUUCUGGACGUCGGAAAACAAGUAGACAAGCCUAGAAAGCCAAUUAGUCAAAUCACAGCAGCUUGCUCUAAAAAUGAUUUUCUAAAAACAAUAUCAACUACCCACGUAAAUGGUGUGAAAGAUAGUAAUAGAGCUAAAGAUUUUAAGGAUACACAUAUAAUGAACGGCUUUAUGGAGGUCCGGCACGGGAUUGAGACGUUUAAUAAGGAGAGGAAUAUGGCUAGUUUUUUCAACGGGUUGACUGAUAGCAAAAAACAGAACUUGAAAACCACCACUCAAGGCCCAUCCGCCAGCGUAACAACAAAUAUAAAUAAAUCCAAAGUUGCUAUACCAGCUUCAAACGACAUAGUUGGGUUGCGUAUUGCACCUGCAACCUCAAUAAAUCAAUCACCAAAAAAGCAACCUGUUAAACCCGACACAACGAAGUUAAAUGGGAUCGUCAGCUCUACCACCAAGCUAGACAGUAGAAUGAACGGAGUUACAUGCGGAUCAAAUAAUUUAAAUCUGGUGAAUAAAACUUUAAUGAAGAAGGAACCUUUGAAAAAAAAUCUACAAACAGCCACAAAAAGAACGAACCGAAAGUCAUCGGCCUGUAUUGCAAAUAGUAAAAAUUUAACUUGGUCUAAAGCCAACAACUUAAAACAAGUUCAACUACAAAAACAAAGUUGUGCAAAUUCAGUACAAACUUCACCUAUCAAAAAUAUUCCCGGCGAAGCAAACACAGCGCCAAAGAUGAAUAUUCCAAACGGUGUACGUCAAGUUUCUAUGACUGUUAAUGGAACUCUUGGUAAUUUAAAUGUACCUGUAGCUAAUAUACAAAAUUGCCAUCAAAUAAAUAUUCCACAGCAAUGUAAUGGCACUGUAGCAUCACCAAAUUUAGCUUCAUUCGUAGCUGUUCCUCAAAACGUGAUGCUUACUACUUUACGGAUACCUCAAAAUGGGCUUUCCUCUCAGACGUUAAACCCACAAGGUAAUAUAGCUACAUUUAAUCGAACUAAUAAUGUCAAUGUGACAAGUCCGACUAAAUUAAAUGGUCAAUACGUCUUUCCGCUUGUACAGAAUAUCAACGGCACCGUGGUACAAAUACCGAAUCUAAUGGCAAAGAUGCCGAAUUUUGUUCUUCCGCAAAAUCCGCAAAUAACUGCACAAAGGCAAGAUCAUUUAACAAAUCAACAGGCAGCCCAAAUUCUCAUCAAUGGUACCUUAUUAAAACUUGCAAAUACGAUACCGCCUUCGUAUACGACAUCUAAUAAACCUGGUCCGGCUACUAGUCAGCCUUUACCCGUGAUGAAUAAGAAUGUUACAGGAUUACAAGCUGUUGGAAUGACAGUUCAACCAAAACAAAAUUUUACUGUAAAUCUAAGCCACUCCGUUUUAGUACCCCAACCUGGGUUCAUUGUUACUUCCGUGCCAAAUAUAAACGUCAAAGAAACAUGGAGCUAUACGAGUACAAAUUCGGCACCGUCUUCACAGACAUCUUGUUCAAAUCCCAUAGUACAACAUCCACCACCCAUGGUAACUAACUUUUCUGCCCAAACUUUACACUCGAGUAGUAUACCUAUAGCCCCUGUUAAACCACCCGACAAUCCAAUACAAGGUACUGAACCACCAAGUAGUACUGUAAAGGAACCCGAAAUAAGCGAAAUAACAAAUCAAAAGUGUGAUAUCCCUUGGCUGUCUAAAACUGUUAAUAAUAACAUUGUUCCAUUAGACUGUAACAAAUUAUCUUCGAGACCUUUUGCACAAGUUAGUAGUUGUUCGAUUAAUCUUGAAGAGCUUGCGACAAUUUCUAAACUAGAAAAAAGAAGUGAAGAUGUUGUUAAAGAUAACUCGAAAGAGAGUACGGAUGAAGAGAUAAGAAAAGUAGAAGCAGUCGCAAGAAGAGAGGAAACAAUUUUUUCUCAAAUAACUGUUUUAAAAGAGGUUUCAUCGAAUGUUCAAAAUACUGUGAUAGAAGCUAAUUUUUGUAGUGCUACCACGGAGUCGUCAGAAUCUGGCAUAGGAACCGAUAAGUCCAUUGAUUCACCAAGUGAUUCACAAACUAGUAAAGAGUGUGAUGAAGAUUCAUCGUUAUCUCUUAGUGUCAGCGUGAGUUCAAUCGAAGCAUCAAGUUGCCAGAAAAGUCCCAUUUUAAAGCAACCAAAAAUACUACGGUUUCCGCCAAGAAGUCUCACGAAUAAGCCUGAAAGUAACCAAAGGACGUCUAGUACAGAUACGACGAAUACAACCGUGUGUUUAUGGGAAAAUUGCAAAAUUGAGCUGGAGAGCGACAUAGACCUCAUAGAGCAUUUACAGUCUGUCCACGUGGAAUCGCAAGCAGGCAGGGAAAAUUACGUUUGCCUGUGGGAGCAGUGUAAGGUGCGAGGCAAGCCAUCAUGCUCAAGAUUAUGGCUAGAGCGACACACGCUGUCCCACGGCGGUAACAAGCCCUUCAAGUGCAUCGUCGACGGCUGCGACAGAAGAUUCUCGACACAGACUUUGCUCGAGCGCCACGUAAACAACCACUUCAACGAGGUGUCGCCCAGCAAUGGCAAUGGGAAAAAGACAGCAGAUAGCUCUUCAAAACUCAUACGACGGAAUGGAAAGAAAUUACGAUAUCGAAGACAACCUUGGUCUGCGCGCAUGUUCGAUUUCUUCGACGCGGGCAUGAUGGAGGGCCUGGCGUGGCGGCUGUCGCGCUGCACGCGCUGGCGGCUGGGAGGCGCGUGUCCGCUGCGAGAGCCGCUGGGCCGGCACACGCUCACGCUGCACGCCGCGCUCACCGCCACGCGGUACAACGCCGCCGAGGCGCGCCGGGAGGCGCUCGUCACCUACUACCCGCCGCACGUACUCGAAGACGAGUGGGUGCCGGAAAGCGAGGUGAAGCGCGUUAAGCAAGUUGAGAUAGCGCAGCUGCCCGUCCAAACGAAGGUGCAGCUGUACGAGCAGUUCGUGAAGUCGUACCGCUCGCCCACGACCUCCCCUCCCCCUCCCCCGCCGCCUCCGCCCGCGCCCCCACUGCGCCUGCUACCCGCACGCCAGUGUACGUCCUCUCGCCUGUUGACCAAUCUCAUCGCGCGACAGCGUCGUGAGCGAAGCGACUGUAACGCUACCAACAUGCCCAUGGAGUUGGUGGACGACGAGCGCGACCGGCCCGCGGUCAGCGGCGCCCGCAAACGCAAGCUCGGUCGACGGCUCGCCGGACACGUGCGGUAACUCCUUCGACUGUUAUCGGCUAUCGUCGGCCGACCGCGACCGCCUCCGGAGCUCGUCGGAGUCGUCGGCUGCCAUCGGCCGCCGUCGAUCGCCUCCGGAGCUCGUCGAAGUCGUCGGCUGCCCUCGGCUGUCGUCUGCCGUCGUCGAAUGCCUCCGGAGCUCGUCGGAGUCGACGUUGAAACAAGACUGAUUCUUUUAUACGCGUUGACGAGCGAUGUACAUAUGCGAUGUAAUUUAAAGUGGGAGAUGUAAAUUAGACGGUUUUUAGUUUA